AAUAUAAGGUUACAAAUAUAAGGACAAUGCCUGCAUGGAAUACUACAAUACGGACUUAGGUUAAUGCCUUGAAGACAGCGAUGACGUAUAGAUUGACAAUUUUGACAAUUUUUGUUUUAAAAUGUUAUGAAUCCAUUUCAACGCCGAAUCUUUCUCCAGAGCAUGUUGAUGUGUUUGAAAAUGAAAGUGUAAAAUUAACAUGCAGGUUACCACUUCCUGGCACGACAUUUCGAUGGUCUAACACUUCUACUAUGUGGAACAUAAUAGAAUGUUACAGCAAAAAAACUUAUCAACUAUAUAGAGGCUUUCUCUCAGAGGGCCAACAUUUAUACGCAUUUUAUUGUUUUGGAAAUGGAAGUUUUACUCUGGAAAUAUUAAGCGUUGGGGCUAGGCAAAACGGUCAAGUGUGGCAAUGUGGAGGCUUAUUUGACAUAAGCAAUAAAGUAACCAUCAAUGUAAAAGUUUCAGUGAAGAGCGUCACUUUACGAGAGCCUAGCCAGGAGAUUAUGCAGGAAAAUCAGAUUCAAUUGAUCACGUGCAACUCUUCGGGAGGCCGACCAGACCCAAGAGUUAGAUGGCUAAUACGCAAUCCAACAGAAAAUAUAAAAAUUAACCUGACACAAUUUCAAGCAAUACAAUUAUACCAAGUGAUAAUGGACUUAAAGCUGUUGUGAGUACUUUGAAUUUCAAACCAAAUAGAACGAUAUAUGGAUGGCGUCUGUAUUGUGAGGUUUGGACUAGAACUUCGGAGGCUGACAUAACUAGCAGAGAGCUAGUUCUUUAUGUGUCGUAUCCCCCUGAAAAUCUUCCAGUAAUACAAGGAAUUAAUACCAACAGCAUUGUGUCUGUAAUCGAAUUAGAUUCGGGUACAUUAAUUUGUUCCAUAACCGGUGGAAAUCCACCUGCGUCUUUGGGAUGGGACUGUUUUGGCAGUACUAACGUUACAUAUGACAUCCAUGACAACAAUCUUGUAACAAGUACAGUAAAUUGGAAGGCUAAUCGUAAUCAGAAUACAUGUUCGUGCACAUCAGAACAAAUUAACAGCUGGAAAAGAAUUAUUAACGCUACAUUCAACGUGCAGUACCCUCCAACAAAACCAACUUUUAAAAUAACAACUACGAACGAAACGAGACAAAUAAACGUCACAACAGCAACAAUACGAUUGAAAGAAAGAGACAACAUUAAUAUGACCUGUUUUUCAGAAGGUAAUCCUAUUCCAAAAUACACAUGGGAAAGCCAAACUGACCAAAUACACGAAACUAUACGACCAUUUGUAAAUAUCAGCAGAAAGGAUGCCGGGAAUUACACGUGCUAUGCGAGUAACGAGAUGAAACGCACUUUUGGUGACACUGAACAUGGGUUUAACAGCUCCAGCAUAUAUCUUAACAUAAUGUAUCCGUCUACUAUUGCAUCAUUAGAAGACGUAAGUAUUUCGGAAGGGUCAAACCUGAAUGUAGCAUGUCGAGUUCAAAGGGGAAACCCAAGUUACGAAACUAUUUCGUGGAAUAGGCAAAGUGAUUCCAAGAAUUGGAUGGAUAGCCAACUGACUAUAACCAAUGUUUCUAGAGCUGACGAUGCCAAUUAUACAUGCACUUUACAAAAUACAAUCAUUCCAACAAUUGGUGAUAAAACAUUGACUGUAACAAGCAGAACAAUCCAUCUCAAUGUUUUAUACAAAGCUCAUCUCCUAAACUAUUCAGUUUUGAACAGUAUCGCGCAUGAUUCUGUGACGGUUGCAGAAAAUGAAACAGUUGGUCUGCAAUGUGAGAUAGAAGGAAAUCCUACACCCACAUGUGGAAUAUACAAUGAACAUAAUUCGGAUAUGGAGUAUCACAUAAAAUAUUCACAUAACUAUGCUAAAUGUUCUAUCAAUUUCAAAGCGAGUUGUCUUCAUAUUGGUGUUUAUAAAUGUAAAGGUGCCAAUGUUAUCAACAAGUCAGGUUAUACGGAGAAAACAAUCAAUAUCUUCGUAGAAUGUUCUCCACGACCGAGCCCUUCUGUGCCGGUAAUGGAUCAUGUUUUUGCCGAAAUAGAUACAUCGAUCAGUCUUUACUUAACAGCACUAUCCUACCCUAAACCUAAUAGUGUCUUGUGGAGAAAGUUUGACGGAAAAUCUUGGAAUAAUGUGAAUGAAAGCAACAAUAUACGGAUAUAUCAAUCGAAUUUGGAUUUUGGGAUGACAAUUAUUCGAGCAUCUAAGGCAGAUUUUGGCGAAUACAAGCUUUUUAUUUCCAACGCCGUUGGAUCCUACAUUCACAAUUUUUAUGUUGAAUAUUCUGCGGCGUCAUCACAGUCCGAUGUUCACGGCAAUACAGGGCUUAUAGUUGGGUUAACAAUAGUUUUAAUAUUGCUUGUAACGAUCGUGACCGUCUUUGGUGUAAUUUGGUACAGAAGAAGGAGAAAUCAUGACGGACCAGACACGGAUGUAAACAAUUCAUACCAAAACGUAUCAGGUGCAAAUUCUCAACAAAAUAGUAAUGACAACGAAUAUGAAAAGAUCGGAUUGAAUGUGAAAGACUCGGAAAACACAGUCAAUGGAAGCAGUAAAUGUAUUGAAGAUAUAGAAGAAAAUAAUGAGAUUCCAGUAACAUAUGAGAAACUAGCAGAUGAUCGAAAAGACUUAAACCAGUACAGUCAGCUUCAUUCUACGAAAGAGAUACAAGAUGGUAAUGAAACCGAAAAGAAUGCGUCUAGUUGCAAUGAAGAACAACAUGCCGAACUGUCGAAAAUCUAUAUCAAUAUGAAAAUAUAAAUACCCUACUCUUGAACAAAAGGGAAUACUACUAGUUUAUUAUUUGCAUGCACUGUAUAACAUUUUGUACAUGAGGUGGAAUUAUUACAUACAUCCAUUUAUACAGACUAUUGAAAUAUAUAAUACUAGUAAGCAAAACUUAAAUAUCUUGUUGAAAAAUGCAUGUAUACGCACAUACAGUUAUUUUUUUGAUAUUGUUUAAUUAUAUUCUUAAACAUAUUUCUGUAUUUAAAGGUGCAUAAAAUUAUGCAAUUUAAUAUACUGAUGAUGAACUUUA